GUUGAUUGUUAUUUUUUAUGAUUAUUUACAAACACUAGAUUCCUGAACAUCACAAUGACAAAAUUUUUUGUUAAAUUAGCUGACUAAAAAGGAGAUUUCAUUUAAAUUACGGCCCAUUAAAAAUGGAAAAAGAAAAAAAGACAUCUAAGAAAAUGGGUUCUUUAAUCAAAAUGAAUAGCAAUACCUCCAACUCAAAAGACGGUAAUGCUAAAGAUGUCAACGAAAAAGAUACUGGCGCAAAGAAUGUCAAUGAGAAAAAUGCAAACGCAAAAGACGCUAGCGCAAAAGAUGCCGAUGAGAAAAAGGAAAACGCAAAAGACGCUAGCGCAAAAGAUUCCCAUGAGAAAAAGGCUAACACAAAAGAUCCAGAUGGAAAAAAUAACACAAAAGAUGCCAAUGAGAAAAAGGCUAACACAAAAGAUCCAGAUGGAAAAAAUAACACAAAAGAUGAAAAUGAGAAAAAGUCUAACGCUUCUAUUUUUUUCUCUUUUCAUUCUGACCCAAAAAAUAACACAAAGAGUGCUAACAAAAAAGAUGCCAAUGAGAAAAAGGCUAAAACAAAAGAUCCUAACUCAAAAGACAACGCCAAAAGUGCUAAAGCAAAAGAUGCUAAAUCCAAAGAGAAUAAAAAAAAAAAAAAGACUGAGUCUAAACUAAAAGAUCCUCAAAAAUCAGAGGAUGAAGAAGAAGAAGAUGAGACUGGAGUUACCAGGUUUGGCUGCGAUGAAUUUCCUCCGAACUCUAGCAAAAUCUGUACACCAAACACGCAGCCUGUCAGAAUUAGGCGCGUUUAUUAUCAUGAUGAAAACGAUCUUGCAGAUACUCUUGACGAGACACCGCAUAAAUCCACGGCAGAUGAUUUGUACUCUCCGUGGGAUGAGGCUGUGAGGUCGAUGCGGCACGCUAACGUGAUAUCGGGACUGAGCAUGGCGAUCGCUAUGGUAGCCGACGUGGCGGUGAAUGGGACCGACAAGCUGACGGUGGAGAAGGUCUGGCUUCCAGUUCAGUUCCUAAGGACCGUGAUGAACGACAAAGGGGAGAUUCCACCCAACAUACUCAAUUUUCUAGAGCACAUCGACAUCAAGACCAAGGACUCUGGGAACCCACACUACAAAGAAGUCUAUACCUACAUAUAAUUUAAACCUCAAAUUAAAUACAAGGGAUAUUAAGU